UUCGAUUUGCUGGCUGCAGUUUUAGAUUACGUGGCUGUUUAGGGAUUAAUAACUGCAGAAAAGUGUGCGUAGUUUAUUCAAGAAACUGUAAUAUCUGAGUGUAGAAAUGUAUUUACGUCAGAUUUUCCGGCCACGGUUCGUGACAGCCGCUCAUCUACCCCGUUUGCCGCGGCUGUGUGGAGUCGAGGUAGCUGCUCCCAGAGUAACCGGACUUGUGUUUAUUCUCCUAAACGUGUACUUUUCAGUAGCUGCAGCUGAACGCGUGGACGAGACCUCUGCUCAUGGCCUGGGGAAGGCUGCAGAGAGACAACUAUGCACCAAACACGAUGAGGUGAAGCUAGCAGAGGAGGCCAGCAAGAAGUACGGUUCCCCUGCUCCCACCAUCUUCUCCAAAGUGAUUGACAAAAGCAUCCCAGCAGAUAUUAUUUAUGAAGACGAGAAGUGUUUGGCCUUUAGGGAUGUGAACCCACAGGCCCCUGUUCAUUUCCUGGUCAUUACGAGGAUUCCUAUUCCAAGAAUCAGUGCUGUGAAAGCUGACGACGCUGAGCUCUUGGGACAUCUGUUGGUUGUUGCCAAAAAUGUGGCAAAACAAGAGUCUCUUACAGAAGGAUACAGAGUGGUGAUCAAUGAUGGAAAACACGGUGCUCAGUCAGUGUACCACCUUCACAUCCACGUUCUAGGAGGAAGACAGAUGACGUGGCCCCCGGGAUAAUUGUGUGGUGUUUAUUAUUGUCUGUUAGAUUUAAUUGAUGUCCUUAAUCCACAGAGUGUGACAUGAUACGUAACUGAUUUGACAGACACAGUGUGACAUCUAAAUAUGUUCAAAUGAAAAAUAAUUAUUAAUAAAAAAAUAAAAGGUAACAUUUUUUGAUACUUGAA